UCCUUCCUCCUCCAUUGACACCAAUAAAACGAAGUCGACGAAGGAAUCGAGAUCUGAAGCUUAGGGUUUCGUAGGAUCUCUUGGGGCUUCUUCGAUCUCCGGGGCACGAUGUCUACCUUCAGCGGCGACGAAACCGCCCCCUUCUUUGGCUUCCUCGGCGCCGCGGCCGCCCUCGUCUUCUCCUGCAUGGGAGCGGCGUACGGGACGGCAAAGAGCGGCGUCGGGGUGGCCUCCAUGGGCGUGAUGCGGCCGGAGCUGGUGAUGAAGUCGAUCGUGCCUGUGGUCAUGGCCGGAGUGCUCGGGAUCUACGGGCUGAUCAUUGCUGUGAUCAUAAGCACCGGGAUCAACCCCAAGGCGAAGUCCUAUUAUCUGUUUGAUGGGUAUGCUCACCUCUCCUCUGGGCUUGCUUGUGGUCUUGCCGGUUUAUCUGCUGGCAUGGCAAUCGGGAUAGUCGGUGAUGCUGGUGUCAGGGCCAACGCACAGCAGCCAAAGCUCUUUGUUGGCAUGAUUCUGAUUCUCAUUUUCGCUGAAGCACUUGCGCUAUAUGGUCUCAUUGUCGGCAUCAUUCUCUCCUCUCGAGCUGGUCAAUCUAGGGCAGAGUAAGAAACACGAGCCACCAUAUUUUGCGCCCAAUAUGAUCCUUUCAUGUUCGUAUGGAACAUGCACUCGAGGUCUUUUGUUGAUUUCCCACUGCCCAAGUGGUUGGUAUGCUUGGACUGAGAAGUUUUCUCAUACUAUAUUUUCUUUGAUUCUUAAAUUUGAAGUUAUCAGUUGCUUGUCUGACUUUCCGGCAUCUGUUUCCAUGUUUAAGCAUCUUUGUGGACUAAGAUAUAUGCAUCUAUUAGUUGCUCGUUUCA